CUGCGGUGACGUAAGCGAGCGGGCGCGCAAUUUUUUCCAGGCGCGGACCGGAGAGCGAGAUCGCGCAGAAGUGGUCCAACCUAGAAAGAGACCGUUACGCAUACAAAUACGCGUACCGAGUAGCCGUUUGCCAACACUCGUGUGUUUCUCGCGCUCAGUAUUGCACCCAGUGGAGCUGCUUGGUUUUUAUCGGUAGUGUCACCGAACAGUCCCCACGCUCACGGAACCGCUGACCCAUGUGAUACUGCAGCGUUGCGAGUGUGAAAGGGAGGGGGUGCGAUAGACACAUUUUUUUCUGCAUCUCUGCUCGGUAGACUGAAGAAGCAGGUGCACGCUCUGGAGAGCGAGAAAGUGAGAGAGGCUGAUCGAGAAAGAGAGAGAGAGUUUGAGGGGGGCGGGGUAGAGUCGCGCGCGUGGAUCUCUCAUCGUCGCAGUCCUUCGCGAGGAUGUAUCCAACGGCUAUGCUCCUACCGCGCGCGCGUCGACGUCCAUGCAACGGAAUCACAUGUGCACCCGUGAUCUAACGGUUCGAUUCCACGGGGUUCGGAUGGUCCGCGCGCUCCACACAGAAGUCAACCGGGAAAUCAACGCGCACCAGCCAUGGCGCUGGUCAUGGAACCCAUCAGCAAAUGGUCUCCAAAGCAGGUGCUGGACUGGAUGAAAGGAUUGGACGACUGUUUGCUGCAGUAUAUGAGGACAUUCGAAAGAGAGCAGAUAAAUGGAGAGCAGCUGCUUCAUAUUACCCAUCAGGAACUGGAAGAGCUUGGCGUGACCCGCAUCGGACACCAGGAGCUCAUUCUGGAGGCUGUGGACUUACUCUGUGCACUGAACUACGGCCUCGAGACGGAGAAUUUGCGGACGUUGUCGCACAAACUCAAUGCGUCGGCUAAGAAUCUGCAGAACUUCAUCACAGGUCGCCGCCGUGGGGGCCAUUACGAUGGACGAAUCUCACGGCGCCUCCCGAAUGACUUCCUGACCUCAGUCGUUGACCUCAUCGGAGCAGCAAAAAAUCUGCUUGCGUGGUUGGACAGGUCUCCAUUUGUCAGUGUUUCUGAGUACUCAGUGCUGAAGAACAACAUCGUUCAGCUUUGUCUAGAACUAACAACUAUAGUACAGCAGGAUUGCACAGUAUAUGAAACUGAAAAUAAAAUUCUACAUGUGUGUAAGACUCUAUCAGGUAUCUGUGAGCACAUCAUUUCGUUGUCGUCCGAUUCAUUGGUGUCACAAUCUGCCCACCUAGAGGUCGUUCAUCUGACUAACGUUAUGCCUAGUGAAGGCCUGGGCAUGUACAUCAAGUCCACAUACGAUGGUCUUCAUGUGAUCACUGGAACCACAGAGAAUUCUCCUGCAGAUCAGUGCAAGAAGAUUCAUGCUGGUGAUGAGGUCAUUCAGGUCAACCACCAGACGGUGGUUGGCUGGCAGUUGAAGAAUUUGGUCAAUUGUCUCCGUGAGGAUCCGAGCGGAGUGAUUCUCACGUUGAAGAAGAGGCCACAGAACACUCUCGGCUCCACUCCGGCACUGCUAAAAAACGCCCGCUGGAAACCACUUGCCCUGCAGCCGUUGUCCACGAGUCCAUGCAGUGGUUCUCCCACCCCACCCAGCACGCUUGGUUCAGUGGGACUCUCACCUGGAGUGGACACACCUGGGGGACAUGAUGUGUUUAUACUGUCCCCUGUCUAUGGACACAGAGAGGAGGAUUUGGAUCGUGGUGGGUUUGGAGUUUUUGGCUCUGAUUCUCCAGGUUAUUAUAUAGAACAGGAGUUGCUGGGGGGACAGUACUUCCCCCUGCUGGAGGACGAUUCUGGGAGAAACACCGGAAUGAGACGCAGAGAUCGGACCCCAACUCACAAUGACCCACGGCAGGUUUCAAUGGGAACUGAGUGGCUGUCCGAACCUCAAGAAUCUGGAGUUUACAAAAGAGGAAGCAGAGAUUCAGACUCCUCUCUCCUACGAUUCCUCAGCGAUGACAGGAUUCUGUUGAUUCAGGAAGAAGCUGAGUUUUCUCAGCGGGACACAAGCAGACGAUCCAGGAAGAAAAGCCGAAAUCCCAGCAGUCCCAGUUUUCCAAUCAGUCCCUCUAUGCUUGUCCCACCUGUGCGUUUGGACGCAGUUCCACCCGAGGGGCUGCCCUUUCCCGUGCCUGACUCAAACACAAUGCCACACUAUCAUAGAGCUGCAGACACGCUGCGAGCAGAUGCCGAUAGGUAUGCAAGUUCAGGACUUGACCGACAAGCAGGGGCAUCAAUGAGGAAGUCUAUGCAUUAUGCCUCUCUGAGGACCAAACCCAAGAAGAAAAGCAAAGGAUCCCUCAGUAGUGCCAGCAGGAGGCGUAUUGCAUGCAAAGAUUUGGGUCAUGGCGACUGUGAAGGCUGGUUAUGGAAAAAGAAAGACGCCACUGGCUACUUCACGCAGAAAUGGAAGAAGUACUGGUUCGUUCUCAAAGACUCCAACCUGUACUGGUACACCAACCAGAACGAUGAGAAAGCUGAGGGCUUCAUAAGUUUACCCGAGUUUCGGAUAGACAGAGCGAUCGAAUGCAGGAGGAAACAUGCCUUCAAAGCAUGUCAUCCCAAAAUUAAGAGUUUCUUUUUUGCUACUGAUCAUUUAGAAGAAAUGAACAGGUGGAUGAAUCGUUUAGGCUUGGCUGCGAUUGGCUACACGCCUGAUGAUCCGGUACCACGUCCUGAUGAAGAUUACUGGAGUGAGAGUGACCAAGAUGAGGUGGAUGGGUCUAUGACACUCAAACAGGAGGCCACGUACCACCACAACCCCUCUGGAACAUCGACCAGUCCAUUUCCCGAGCGUCAUUUCUCCAGUGGUUCCACAUUUUCACAUUCUUCCGCAGAAGAGUCCCAUUCUUCCUGCCGAUCCUCCCAUCGAGAACGUCGCUCAUGGCAGGACCUAAUUGAAACCCCGUUGACCAGCACCGGGCUACACUACCUACAGACAGCAGAAGAGGAAGAGCCUUCUCUGCUAUCGCCUGACCAGCUCCGACAGGCCACGCUCCCCGCCCAGCGUCGACGCCCUACGGAACGUGACGGGCCGUUUCCGUUGACAGACAGCGAGGAGUCCCGCCCCCGUCAUCACAAUCACAAGCAGCGCAGCCAGAGUCUUCCGCGUCACCGCGCGGGACACGGGGGACACCGCAGCGCUCGCACCCACAUGCACACGCACGGCACCCUAAGGCCAAGAACGCAUCUCCAUGAGGAAGAGGAGGAAGAGGAGGAGGAAAGGGAGUCGCACAGAGCCAGAAGCAGGAGGCCCGAGACUGAAAACAAAGCUGUCGAUGCCAUAGAUGGCUUUCAGGAGCUGUACCGAUCGCUGGAGCAAGCGAGCCUCUCCGCUUUCGGCCAGCAGAGGCCUUCCACCAAACAAGAGUUCAGACGCUCCUUCAUAAGACGCAGUAAUGACCCCGCCACAAACGAACGACUCCACCGCAUACGGGUUCUUCGAUCUACGCUAAAGGCAAAAGAGGGCGACUUGGCGAUAAUCAGUCAGGUGCUGGACGACCCUUGUUUGACCUCACGGAAGUUUCGUGAAUGGAAACAGCGUAACCACGAGCUCUUCCUGGAUAUCUGCGAGUUUAGCUCCGCCCCUUUGGAACCGCCCAGCGAGUGCAACGACCUUUCACCCCUCUCACCAACAACGCUGAUGAUGCACACUCACUCGUUCAUAGAAACGCACGUGUGAGAUGCUCUCACACACCCAUUCAUCCAACGACUAACUAAAAUACAGACGUAAGAAUAUACAAAUAACACGAAACUUACAUUUCAAACACACACACUAUGAAAAGCACUGUGGAUCUAGACUCUCCUCACUUUUCCUCCAUGGAUGACCUGAUACUGCCCUCCUCUGAGUGACAGAUUGAACCAAUACACUGUAAGAUCAAUCUCAAAGAUAUGACCCAGCCUCCAAAACUCUAUGCUUGUAGACCGCAGGCACGUCACGGGCUGUCCAGCGGCCAUCUGCUCUGACCCGACACCGGCAGGAGACUCGUAAACGGCUUACGGACACGUUACGGAAGUAUUAUCUGCACUUAUAUGGCUCAUUGCAAACUCUGUACAAUACGAGUCAUCACGGGCACAAUUUGGAAGGAAUGUAGGAAAGACCCGGCGAGGUGCCCUAAUGCAUGCCUGAAGAAUCAUCAUGUCAGAUUAAUUGACCACCAGGACCGUAUUUAAAAAACGAAUCUUAUUUUUGUCUCUGAUUGGAGUAGAAAAAAUCCUUUUUUAUAUCUUUUGAAGAUUUCGUUGAUCAUUAAUUCGAUUUUCCGUUCGUUUUCCUUCCCUUGGAAUGCUGCAGGAAGAGCAGUCAUGUAGCCAUGGGCAACAGGCUUCACUCUGUUACCAAGCAACACCGCCCUACUGUGUUACUCUAUACAACUUUCAAAGCAAGCAAGAGCGUCGGAAAGCGUCCGCGUGUAUGUGUGUGCAGGUGUGCGUGUGUUUUAGACAAAAGAGAGACAGUAAGAGAGACGUACGGAUGCCGAAACGACUCUUUUGCAAGAGUUUGAUGAUAUAAAUCAUGUUAGAAGAUGAACUCCUGGCAGGUACUAAUGUGUUUAAUUUGGCUUCUUUAGACUAUUUAUAUUAUAGCUAAACUCAUGCAUGGUUUAAAAAAAAUAUUACUAUAUGCUAUCAGGCCAGAGAACAGUCUGUAUAUAAGAACAUAUUAUUUGCAUAGCUGCAUCCUCUGUUUAAAACUGUGAACUGUACUCGUGAAUGCAAUCUUUUGACUCUGCCGAUGCAGAAACCUUUCUACUCUCUAUUUUUUUCUACAGAAAAAGACGACAAAAGAUGCAAAGCUUUGCUUCUCUGAUGUUAUGACUGUUUUUGCUUGUUUCCGGGUCUUUGCUGGUCAUUACCUCUGAGCUAUGGGCUACAUUCAGGUCGCUAUUUUCUGUUUUCUGAUGUAUGUGUCCCUUUAGACAGACUCCACUGGCCAAAAACUAGAGUUGGAUUCCCUUUCGCGGUUUUGGAGGUCAGUGGCUCAGGAUUCUCGAAUUGGAUAAAGCAGAUAGUAAAUUAUAUGAUUAAACAAAAAAAAUAACAAUUGGUUCGGCGGUGGAGUGCAAAAUGUCCCCUUGCUAAAUGUUGCGUGUGUGUUCUCAUUCGUCGACAUUAAUAUGUCAGAGACACAGACCUGCAUACAUGUUCAAUGUCGGUUAUGUUCGAUUGUCACUUUUUUAGAAACUUGUGGGAUGUACUUUAAUUCAAUAGAAUGUACUCAUUCAAUAGCUUGUUAAUUGUAAAUCUCAUUGGAACAAACAUACACACUCGCUUCCCACACACAGACAAUACUUUUAUGUUCGCGGUCGAUGCAGUCUUACCAAAGCGACUCUCAAAAAUACAUCUGCCCACUAAAGCUACUGUUUUGAUUCUGUUUCUUCAUGUGUUGCUGUGGGCAUUCAUUCCAUUGUGUGUUUGCGCGCGCGCCCGUGUGUGUGUGCACGUGUUAUCUAGGCCAUCGGGGUUUCACUGUGGUUUUAAGGGCAUGUCCCCCCCCUCUCCCCCACACGGCUAUGCUGUAUAAGGUGUAAGUUGCACUGCAACAUUGAGACGGAACAUAUUGCUCUUUUUUCAAGGUUCUCUUUCAAAAAUUCCCCUUCUGUAUAUUAAAACACCAGGACGAUCCUGAUAUUUAUUCACAGUAUUAUUCAAAGCUAACCCUCUUUGCUUUCAGAAAUAUAAAUACAUAUAUAAAUAUAUAUAAUACAGAUUGUAAAAUGUUAAACUAAUAAACUGAGUUCUCUGCACUCUG